AUGGUAAUUGAAAAGCACAUUGAUCACCCUUACAGCUUUGGCGUGGCCAGGAAACGAGUCUGUCAAGUCAAAGAGAAGGAACAAGGGGGAGAGCCCCUGUUAAUGGACGCACCAUCCAAUUUCUGGGAAGCAUUACCCAUCGACGGUAGCAUAUUUGCUUUGGCUAACAUUACACCAGCCAAACCAGAUGACACUACCACUCUUUUAUCCUUGCCUGUAGAACUCCUCGAACUCAUCGUCGAAUACUGUAACACACGUUCUCUGUUUCCACUUUUGCAGACUAACCGAACUCUGUGCAAUGUGGUCUUGCGGAGACUUUACGCCACCAUCCACCUUCACAUAGAUUACUGUAGCAAAGGGCCAUCACCAAAGCCUUCAGAAGUAACGAAAUUGUGUCGCCUCAACCAACAUCAAGUGAAAGUCCUAAGAGCUCUCACUCAGCAAAGACAGCACCUUAGCUUUCUUCGUCAACUUCAUAUAGUCAAACUUCAGUGGUCACAAACGGACACUGUCGACCGGCUCCACCAACUCUUUCAUUAUGCACUAGACGGGGCUGUAUCUCUUCAACACCUAACAUUUGCCAACUGCGACCCUAUCCCAGACACAGCCUAUAAUGGCCAAUCCCUCUCAGUGCCCACCUAUACUCGCUUUGCAUCACGUCCCAAUGUGCUCCCCUCGGCGAACUCCAGGAGCUUGGAGAGAAAUGGGGGUCAAGUCUGCGUCACUUCCGCUGCAUCAUUCAUGUCCCAAUGGGAGACCCUGACCUAUCAUUUGAAAAAAUUGACGAAUUUGCAUCCAAAUUCCUUCACCUCAACACCCUUCGUUACGGGUACUGUGGAUGUGGCUCAAAUAGCGAACCAACUACCACAGCUGACCAGCGUCACAUUGGAGGAUCAUCGAAGCCGUGUAGGCUAUAACAAGGACGAAGAACGCGAGGCUAUAGAAAGCUUCUACCCUACCACCAAAAAUCCUCCAACAAGGUAUCAAAUGGAUACCUGGUCUGACCUUUGGGAUGCUCUGCCAGCCGACGACAAUCUUUACAGUCUAACCAAUAUCCCACCGGCUAAGCCAGAUGCAACCGUCAACAUUUUCUCGCUGCCCAUCGAACUAUUGCGCACCAUUAUCGAGCUAUGCAACAAUCGCUCUAUACUCGCACUCAUGCGGGUCAACCGUGCUCUCCAUCUCGUGGCAUUGUGGAAGUUUUACGCAAACGUCUACAUUCCGGCCUCCCGUCACGAUACAGUGCUCAGCUUAAUCGAUAAUGAGCUACCAAUCACCGAAGUGAUACCAAAUUUGUUCAAGAAACAGUUUGGAGUAUUAGGAGGC